AUUAUUUCUAGUUUUUGUUAUCGUUGUCAACUGCUGUCAAACCACACAAUCACAAUUAAUUACCACAAAAAGGAAGGAAAGCGUCUAGAAUUUUCCUUGAAGUUACCUUUAUGACAAUUUCUAGAAUCUGAUACACAUUAAUCUAAAAAAUGUCGUUAAACACAGCACAUAUGAAUGGUGGAGUGUUGAUACAUGCUGGUGAAUGUAUAUUGCUGUUUUGUGAAAAUGUUACAAUUGAGUGGUCUGGCCAGAAUGAACCCGCCUUCAAGGGUUCGAAGCAGGGACGUAUUUAUUUAACGACUCAUCGAAUGAUAUUCAAUAAUAAGACAGGAGAAGAUCCUAUGCAAUCCUUCAGCUUUCCGUUUAUCACAUUGAGUGAAGUUGGUAUUGAGCAGCCAAUAUUUGGAGCUAAUUACAUCAAAGGAAAAGUGCGAGCCCAACCAAAUGGAAAUUGGGUUGGAGAAGCUAAGUUCAAGUUAACUUUCAAAACUGGUGGAGCAAUUGAUUUUGGUGAAGCUAUGUUAAAAGCAGCUCAAUUAGCUACGAGAAACGCCCAGAGGGAUGCCCCUCCUCCUUAUGUACCGCCCCAAACUCAGUGGUACGCAGCCCCGCCUCCCGCCUACGCUCUACCCCCUCAAGGAUACUAUGGCUGGACCCCGCCGACCAACGUAUUUCCACAGCAACCACCGAACGGUGCCGUCUUCAUGACUGACGCCCCACCACCAUAUCCAGGUAUAAACGUGCCUGGACAGGCCCCGCCCACUCAAGGAGCUCAAGGAUUCGGGUAUCCAUCUCAACCUCAAGGUUUCGGUUUCGCCCAACCGGGUUAUGGACCGCCAGGCGCGGCUGGGUUGGCACCUGGCGCUUCUGGUGGCAUGCAGCAGCCUGGGUUCAGCUCUGCUGACGCUAAAGCAGCAGAAGCAGCACAAUCGGCUUACUAUGAUCCUAAUCAGCCCCAGAUGGCAUAUGUACCACCACCUGCCUAUUAUGAAAAUCCUCCUUCCUACAACAACGCAACUAAUAAUAAAAAGGAACAAUAAGCUGCUGAUAAUUUGUUAUAUUUACUCAUUAUAUAUGUUAAUUGAUCGUAUUGUUUAUUAUAAUUAUUCCUGUAAUAUUAGUGAUAUAUUUGUUGAGAAGAUGCUGAUUUAUAAAUAUAUUCUAUAGUUUCAUGAA